CACAAUUCCGCUCGAACUUCUAUGCGACUCAAGACCUUCAAACGUUCAGCGGGUCUCCAGGAAAUAAACGUCGAAAAACUUACUUGUAUAACAAGACUUCGACGUACAACAAAAGCCCAAAGAAGAUGACUCAGGCAUUAGAACCAUUUGUUAACCGUGUUGUAUCUGUCAUCACAUCAGAUGGCAGAAACAUUGUGGGCACUAUGAAAGGCUUUGACCAGAGCAUCAACGUCAUCCUGGAUGAGUGCCAUGAGCGUGUAUACAGCACCAACAGAGGCGUGGAACAGGUCAUACUUGGUCUCUAUAUCAUCCGAGGGGACAAUGUAGCGCUGGUUGGAGAGCUAGACGAAGAACUGGAAGCAAGACUGGAUCUGUCAAGCAUCAAAGCUGAACCUCUGAACGAAUGCAAGACGUGAUGCUCAACAGAGCAUUCCAUUAGAUUUGCUGUGUAUAUUUGUUGUACUUGUAAGGACUCGUCCACUUUUACAGAACCACAUAUUUAUGGUACUUGUGGGGACACCUUUAGUUCAUCCCAGGACAAGGAAACCAGAAUUUUUGUCUGAUUCUUAGCCUACCGCCUUAUCUUAAAGAGCUCUUAUUUUACUUAUUUGCUGGAUUUUGCACACGAUUUAAAUUCGGAAAUUGGUAGAAAAUUUGGUGUAUUUUGUACAUAAUUCAAACGACCUCCAUCAAUUUUGUGCAUUUUUUGAGCUUGACAUUUAUUGUCAAUAUUUCCAGCUCUCUUAGGAACCAAACCUGAGUAAAAGCCCGUCUGCGUGUGCUGUCUUUGACAGGCAUGUAUAAUUACGAUGCCGAUGAAGUUCAAUUAUUUUACCCUGUAUGAUUUUAAUUCGAAUAAUGUAUAGUUCUGUAUACCCAUGAUUCGCAUCAUCCAUUGAGCCGAAACUCAGCUUUAUACAUACAAGCUUUUUUGCCAUUAGGAACACGUUUGACGGUAUGCUCUCAAUUGUGUCUUUCUAAGACUGUGAGAAAGACUGUCUUUCGACUAUGUCAAUCUUUCCCAGUUUGUGGUCGUUUUUUUUUCGACACUAAUUUAAGAGUAACUAGUUAUUAAAAUAUUUUUAAGAAACGUUUAGUCAUGUAGCAUAAAUGAGACCAAACAUAUA